GAUUCACACCACGGCUGUCAUUAUUUAUAUUACUCUCAUGUUUAUUCAAUUGUUGAUAAUCUUAAUAAUCUUGAUGCAAUUUUAAUGUAAUCCAUAUAAAUCUUCGUGCAUAAUUUAGAGUUUAGAUCAUACAACAACUCUGUGUUUACCAAGUAGAGUUAUACAGGCCUUUGAAACUAAUCGAAAGAAAAUAAUAAAAUCAAACUAUGGACGAAUCCAAAGAAAUUACCUAUAAUGGGACAACACAUCUUACCCAACCAAAUAGUAAACGACAUCAUCAAGCAAUUGUAUGGCGCAAUGUCAUGUUGUUUGGUUACCUUCAUUUGGCUGCUCUUUAUGGUGUGCUACUAAUGUUUACCUCUGCUAAAAUUGCCACAACUAUUUUUGCAAUAUUGAUGUAUCAAGUAUCUUCAAUUGGCAUUACAGCUGGAGCUCAUAGACUUUGGUCACAUCGGGCGUAUAAAGCCAAAUGGCCAUUGCGUGUGAUAUUAAUUAUAUUCAAUACAAUAGCUUUUCAGAACCAUGUGUAUGAAUGGGCUCGUGACCAUAGACUACACCACAAGUACAGUGAAACAAAUGCAGACCCGCAUAAUGCAAACCGAGGAUUUUUUUUUUCUCAUGUUGGUUGGUUGUUAUGCCGUAAACACCCAGAAAUUUUGGAAAAAGGACGUGGUAUUGAUAUGACUGAUUUACUAGCUGAUCCAAUUGUUUCUUUCCAAAAAAAAUAUUACAAGUUCCUGAUGCCGUUGUUGUGCUUUAUAUUACCUACAAUGCUACCUGUAUAUUGUUGGGGCGAAAGUUGGGCAAAUUCUUGGUUUGUGGCCACUAUGUUUCGAUAUACUUUCUCGCUUAAUGUCACAUGGUUAGUAAAUAGUGCUGCACAUAUGUGGGGUGGAAGACCAUAUGACAGGUUUAUAAAUCCUUCUGAAAAUAUAGCUGUAGCUUUAUUGGCAUUGGGAGAGGGUUGGCACAACUACCACCAUGUAUUCCCGUGGGAUUACAAGGCGGCAGAAUUGGGUGAUUAUAAACUCAAUAUGACAACUGCAUUCAUUGAUUUCUUUGCAAAAAUUGGAUGGGCAUAUGACCUGAAAACCGUAUCAGCCGAUACUGUACGUAAACGUGUGGAACGUACUGGAAUAAGUGGACGAGCAGAUACUCAAUUAUCAUGGGGUUGGGACGACAAAGAUUUGCCACAAUCUGAUCGCGAAGCUGCUACAAUUAUUAACAAGCAAGGAUGAAUGAAUUAAACUAAAUUAUGUAUUUUAAAUUUGUAUUAUGUAUCAGUUAACUGUAAUCUGAGUGCCACCGUGUGUAUUAUGUUGUAUAUAUUAAUAUUAUGUUUACCACGAUUAAAGUUUAUUUGUUUAUACAUAAUCAUUAUGGUUUAUAUUUUAUAGCCAUACAUCGUAGUAUUAAUGUAUUAUAUGGUAACAAUAUCUGAUAUCUUUUUUUAUGGACUAAAAUUUAAUUUGUUUGUUGUCAACACAUUCAUCACCAAGAAGAUAAUGGCUCAUUUUAAAUUCACGACAAUUGCAUUGUUUAUUAGACAUGUUUUAAGUUUCACCAUUUGUAAUUAUUAAUAAUUGUCUCUAAAUUGUAUUAUUUUUA